AUGAACAAAGGCAGAAGGAUGAGGGAAACAGGAGAGGGGAGCCAACAAAACACCAGAACCAGAAAGGGGGGGGGAGACAAACAUGGGGCCAAGCGGAAAGGAAAAACCAAGGGGGCCAACCGAGCGGGGGAAACAAGAGGGCGAACAAGGGGGAACAGACAGACAAGGCGCAAGAGCAAGGCAAAAACCGGGAGCCAGCGGAAGGCGGGGAAGGGCCAAGACCGGCAAGGCGAGCGGGCAGCAGGGGGCGGCAGGCACACGGGGCAGGGGCCAGGGGGGGAAAACAGAAAAAGCGGGCGGAAGGGGAGAAAAACAGGGGGGAGCCACCAGGGCGAACCACCAAGGAGGAGAAGGAACCGGAACAAGAGGGGAGGCAAAGCAUACGGAAACGGAAGGGAGACGGGGAGGGCCAGCCAAGCGGGCCGCGGCAGGCAGGCAGCCGGCGGCGGCGCCAGGGGGGACAGAGCAGCGGGCGCGGCACGGGCGGAACAGGACCGGGCACCGGCAGAGGAGGCGGCCGGCGGGGAGAGAGGGCGGCGAGGAGCACGGAACAGGAAAAGCGGCACCGGAGAGCGGGAGACGGAGAGGGGCGGCGAACAGGGAGCGCACAGAGCAAGGGCGGGGAGGAACAACCGGGAGGCAGCGAGAAGGGAGAGACCUGAAGGGGCAGGGAAAGCCGCCGGGGGGGCAAAGGGAAAGACAAGGGCAAGGGACCGACAGGCAGCAGGCACACAGACGGGAAGGAGACGAGGCAGCAAGGCAAGGGAAGAGAGAGGCCAGCGGGGACAGGCACGACAGAGGAACAACAACAGAAGCAGAAGCGCCGAAAGGGGCAGGAAGCACAGGGCGGAGCGACCGGGGGGCAACCGCGAGAACCAGGGGGAAGGAGCACAAAGGGGGAGCAAGCCGGGAGGGGCAGAAAGAAGGAGGGAGCGAGGGCCGGGAGGGGGCCACGGGGGGACGAACGCACGCGCCGGAGGCGAAGAAGGGAGGGAGGGGAAGAAACCGGAAGGGAGGGGAACAGAAACAGAAAGGAGGAGGGAGCGAGGACCAGGAGGGGCCGCCGCGGGGGCGACGAACACACGCGCGGAGGCGAAGAAGCAGGGAGGGAAGGAAACCGUGAAGGGAGAGAGAGGGGAAAACAGAAACAGAAAGGAGGAGGAGCGAGGACGGAGGGGCCGCGGGGCGGACGAACGCACGCGCGGCGAGGCGAAGAAGGCAGGGGAAACAGAGAGAGGAACGAAGAGGGGAGAAACGCCAAGCCAGAAGGGAGCCCAAAGGCAGCGAGAAGGGAAAGCAAGGCCGGAAGGCCGGAAAGAAACCAAACAGCCGCAAAGAGAAACCAAAGGAAAGGAGGCGAGAAGGGAAAGCAAAGCCAGAAGACGGGAAAGAACCCAAAGAACGCAAAGAGAACACAAUAGGAAAGGAGCCGAAAAGGGAAAGGGCGAGGCCAGAAGACGGGAAAGAAACCAAAGAGGCGCAAGGGAAGGUGCGCAAAACAAAAGAAACCGAGAAGGGAGAGGGCAGGCGCCUGAGACAGAGAAGGAGAGACAGGACGAACGAGGGCCAAAGGACGACACCAGAGAGGGCAGGCGAGAGAGGAAAAACCAGGAGAGCAGACAAGAAGAGGCCAGCGCCAAGGCAAAGGCCAAACAGAACAGAGGGACAACCAGGACGGAGGCAGACAAGGACGGGCCAGAGCACACGACACAGAGACAGGAGCGGGGAGGAGGAAGCGAGGAAGACAGAAAGCAGAAAGGGGACGGGACAGAGAGGCAGGACGGUACGGACGGGCAGAAGGCAACGAAAGGCAGAGGCAGAGCAGAGAGGAACAAUCAGCAACUAGGCCAUGAACACAACAAAACGAGGCGGAGAGAGGACGAGGGGGCAAGAACAAGCCACACAGAAGAAACCGGAGAGAAGGAAAAAGCCCCAAAGAGCAGGAACCCGAAGGGGAGGAGGAAGCAAGGGACAAGCAGGCGCGGAGACCAAGGGGAAAGAAGCCGGGAGGCGCGAGAACGGAAAGACGGAAGCACAAGGAACAAGGAGCGGCAGGGGAAAGCAAAGCAAGCAACGUAA